GACAAUAUUCUCUGUACGAUGCUUACUGUUUCCAUUGGUUCUCGUGCUAUCUCUCUCUUUCUUUCUUUUUUUUCUAUUAAUUUUUCAAUAAGCCCAAAUCUUUUGUUUUUCUUAAAAAGGGCAAAAUAACAUUAAUUUUUAUAAUUAAUUAAUUAAUAUUUGAAUGCUUGACAUUUAUUAGACCUUUCAUUAUUCCCAACAAAGUCACUCUUCUGUCCUCAGCAGUCAAGAAGGGUGUUUCUUUUUUUCAUUUCUUUCAACCAGGCAGGGUUUCCCCUUACAUUGCACUGAAGAAACCUUUGGUUGAAUCAUUCACAUUCUUGAAAAAUUGUCUAACUGUUAACAGAUUUCUUUUGGGUCUUGCUUAUUUUAAUGGAAAAUGAGCUUUUGGGUAGUUUAAAAAGUUAAAAACGCUAGUUGAUUUGGUUGCUUUUUUAAGCAUCUUUUGUUUUGGUAGACCUUGUGGGGUUUUUCCCAUUUCGACACUUUCUUCUACAAGUGUAAUGUCGGUUAUAGAAAUCUGCUUUCUUUUUUUUUAAGUAGUGAAAUGCUGAAAUAAAAAAAAACUUGUGAGGCAGUGUUUGCCUUUUUCGGAGGGGUUUUGAUCACUGUACAUGUUCUUGCUGAGGUUUUAGUAAAAGAGCCAUCUUAGAAGAGUCUUGGGUUUGUUGCCUGGUAAUCUGUUUUGGCAUGCUUAAAUGGUAAGGGGAUCACAAAUCCUUGGGAGUUUUUAAGGGUUUAGUCCAAGUUUUGAAGUGAAUGGUUCUGGAAAGAAAUGUACUUUCAAUGGCCUCACUGUUAAGGAUUUUGUUCACUUUCUGCUGCAGUGCUGCUUUAGUAGGUUUUGAGGGAGAAAUGAUCCUACUUUUUCCUGUUUAGAGCUUCUGGUUAUGUGUCCAUUGCAUUGAAAGCACCUCUCCGGUUGAAAACUUGGGCUGCUCCAGUCAGAUUUUUUUUUUCUUGUGUAAGGUUAGAUCUUCCGGAUGUCUUGUGCAUCAUAUGCUUGCUUCAAAUAGGUUCAAAGGGCCUGGAUUUUAACAGUCGCCAUCGAAGGAGAUUUUGGGCUCAAUUUACUGGUUCUGCUCUUGGCAUUUUGCUUGGAGAUCUGCCAUUUGUCUAGCCAAAAAUUUUGAGACAAAAGAAGGUACAUUUGCUGGAAUAAGAAUAUUGUUCACUAGUUGAAAGUUACUUUCUGAAGAUCUUGGUUUGAUUGUGGGAUCUACAAGUCUAAUUUAAUAUAUCAAAGAAUCUAAUUUCUAAAGUGAGGAAAGAAAAGCUUAUUUGGCAGCAGAAAAAGUGUAGCAGAUGGAUUUCUUGAAAGUUAAGAAGUUUAGGAAAGCCCACAAGCCAGACCCUGAAAAGGAUUUGGAGGAUAAGCCUGUGCCGCAUCCAGAAGAACUGAAGAAUGAGAAUGUUGCUACUGAGGGUGCUGCUGCUGGUGACAAUGACUUAAAUAAAUCAUCUGAAGCUGACGCUGCAGCUGAAGUUGAGGAUGAUGAUGACGAAUUUAUAACAAAUGAGGUGAAAAGGAGAUUGAAAGAACUAAGAAGAAACAGUUUUAUGGUGUUGAUUCCUGAAGAAGAAGAGGAGUCGUUCCCUGAGGACGAGGAAGAGGAGGCUGGUGAGACUAGCUCUAGUGAGUGGAGGGAUGUGGAAGCAGAAGGUAGACAAUGGUGGGGUGGUUUUGAUGCUGUUUAUGAAAAGUACGGUGAGCGUAUGCUUUUCUUUGAUCGGAUGAUUGCACAGCAGCUCAAGGAAGCUGGCUUCACAAAUCAUUCAACUCCAUCACCUAAAUCUGCAUCUAAGAAGCUUGCAUCCCCCCUGCGAUGCCUUUCCUUGAAGAAGAUUGAAGAACCUGAUGAAGAAACUGAGCACCUGCAGCAGCGAAUGAAUAACCCAUAUCAGGAUCUUGAAACAGCAUAUGUAGCUCAAAUUUGCUUAACUUGGGAGGCACUUCAUUGCCAAUACACUCAACUCUGCCAGAUAGUUUUACGCCAACCGGAGAAUCCCACCUGUUACAACCAGAGUGCCCAGCACCUCCAACAGUUCCAGGUCUUAUUGCAAAGGUUCAUUGAAAAUGAACCUUUUCAGGAAGGUCUCAGAGCUGAAAUUUAUGCCCGUGCUAGGAAUAUUUUGCCUAAGCUGCUUCAAAUUCCAAACAUACAAGGUUCAGAUCAUAAGGAAAAGGUGGAAGAGGAAUCAAAUUAUUUGGUCCAUGCCCCUGAUAUCAUCAGGAUUAUUGAGAGCUCAAUCCUGACAUUCCAGCUGUUUGUAAAAAUGGACAAGAAAAAACAUAGUAGCGUUCUUAACUUGUUUGGAAACCAGAACCCAAUGGCUACUCCUCUUCAACAAGUUCAAUCUUUAUUAAUGAAGAAAGGGAUGAAGCUAAAGGAAUUGCGUAAAAAAAGAAGAGGGUGGAAGAAGAAAUCGUGGCCACAAACACGUGAGGAUGUUCCUUUGUUGUUUGCCCUCAUCGACAUCAAAAUUGUAUCCAGGGUUCUUAGAAUGGCAAGGAUGAGUAAAGAGCAGUUGUUUUGGUGUGAAGAAAAGAUGAAAAAACUAGAUUUAUGUGAUGGGAAAUUGCAAAGAGAUCCAUUGCCCAUCCUUUUCCCUUGUUGAUAGCUGUAGGGAAUGGUUAACAAGGCUGGUUUAAUGGACAGUUAGCUGCAGAAAGACCCCUCUAUUUUUCAUUAAAACUUCAGUGUUGCUACUAAUUUUCAUCUGGGAUGAUAAAAACAUGCUUUCUAUAAUUAUUGAUUGACUGAUAUGAUAGCAGAUGGUUUGGAUUAGGUUGAUGGCCUUGAUUGCCAUUUUCCAGUUUGUUGAUUAAAUUACUUGAAGCUGAUUCAUCUGCUCAAUGACAUACAGAUUCAAUCAGUGUGUUUAUCAUCCUAACAAAAUUUUCUUAGUUAGAACUAGGAAAAGAGAAUGGAAAGUUGAGGGCUUUCUACAGUAUUUUCCCUAGUAGCAGUAGUCCAUUGAACCAGAAUUGUGGCUAGCUUGUUGUAUUUAGGAUAUGUUGGAUGUAGUGGAAAUUAUCUGAGAAGUAAUGUCUAAAUAUUUUAUUUUCUGGG